UGGGCAUUGUUGAAAUCAGGAACUCAAGAUGGAAUUCUUCAGUAUAGACAAGACUAUUUUAAUGCACUUCAUCCUGCUGGGCAUGGUGAUUGAGAGCAGCCAGGGAUGCUACUGUGAACAUUAUCCGUGGGGGCCGUGGUCCAGCUGUUCGCAAACCUGCAAUUAUGGUACACAGAGAAGGCAUAGGCAAAUAAGGACAGAUGAAUAUUACAUGCAAAACUUCUGUGAUCGGCUAUGCACAAAGGAGGAAUCUCGUCCAUGUAGCCAGCAGGCAUGUCCUAUCAACUGUCGGCUUGGAGACUUUGGCCCUUGGUCAGAAUGUGACCCAUGUGUUAAAAAGCAAUUUCGUGUCCGGUCACUGCUUAACCCAUCACAGUUUGGGGGUCAGGCCUGCACUGAGCCACUAGUGGAUUCCCGGCCAUGCUUCCCAACUAAACUCUGCAAGAUAGUGGAAGUCGAUUGCAAGAAUAAAUUCCAGUGUGAAAGUGGUCGUUGUAUUGCAAAAAAGCUGGUAUGCAAUGGGGAAAAUGACUGUGGGGACAAUUCAGAUGAAAGAAAUUGUGGGAAGAAAAAGACAGUGUGUAACAGAAAUUAUGAGAGCAUCCCAAGCGUGCAUUUAAUAGGCAGUGGAUUUCACGUUCUGGCAGGAGAGAGUCGAGGGGAGGUUCUUGGCAACUCAUUCAAUGGAGGACAAUGCACAACAGUGAAGCGCAAUGACACAAGGAAACUUUAUCGUGUUCCUGCAAAUUUGGAGGCUGUCAGCUUUCAGGUAAUAGAUGAAGAGGAUGAUGUAGCAACAGAUUUCUACAAUGAUUUAACUCCUCUGAGUGACAGUGAUGCUAGAAGUAGUUCGUCUACUCAUCAUGGCAAAAAAUCUUCUGGAAUUCCACUUUUAUUCUCAAAAAAGCAAAGGAUUAAAGUCACAUCAACUUCCUCCUUCAAGAAAGCCAUUGAAGCCUCAUAUGAAAAGAAUUCCAACUUUAUUCGAGUCCAUAAAGUUAUUUCUGUUGCGAACUUUACAAUGAAACAGUCAAACUUGCAACUUUCAGACGUCUUCCUAAAAGCACUUAAUCACCUACCCCUGGACUACAACUAUGCUUUAUACAGCAGAAUAUUUGAUGACUUUGGCACUCAUUAUUACACUUCUGGGAGAAUGGGUGGUUCCUAUGACAUUCUUUACCAGUACAGCUCAGAGGAGCUCAAAAACUCAGGUCUGAGAGUGGAUGAAUCAACGGAGUGUGUCCGAACAGAAACCACUAGGCGUGUCUUUUUCAGAAAGAAAAAGAAAGUCAGUACGAGAUGCACUACAAACAGGAUGACUGUGAAACACGAAGGCUCCAUUCUGGAGUCAGCUGAGCAAUCGAUGUCUCUGGUAAAAGGCGGAAGGUCAGAAUAUGCUGCAGCUCUUGCAUGGGAAAAAAAGGGGGCUUUUCCAGACCACACGAUCUUCACAAACUGGCUGGAAUCAACAAAGGACAAUCCUGUGGUGGUUGACUUUGAGGUGUCGCCCAUCGUGGAUUUGGUGAAGAAUGUGCCAUGUGCGGUGACCAGACGUCGCAACCUCCAGAGAGCCCUCCGGGAAUACGCGGGCAGGUUCGACCCCUGCCAGUGCGCCCCGUGCCCCAACAACGGCCGGCCCGUGCUCUCGGGGACGGAGUGCCUCUGCCUGUGUCCUGCAGGCACCUACGGCAACAACUGUGAGAGGCGAACCCCAGACUACAACUCAGUUGCUGUAGACGGCCGCUGGGGCUGCUGGUCUGAAUGGAGCUCAUGUGAUGCUUCCUUUAAGAAAAGAAGGACUCGAAAGUGCAAUAACCCUGCCCCUAUGAAUGGAGGGAAGCCCUGUGAGGGUGAGCAGGAAGAGGAGGAGGACUGUUAUGUCUCUUUGUUCACAGACAGAGGGGCUCCUUGUAUAAAUGAUGAUGAAGCAAGAAGAGAAGAUGAGAUCUUGAUUGGUGAGCCUGAGUCUGGAUGCUUCAGGCCAGACCCACCAGAAAAUGGCUUUAUCAGGAAUGAAAAGAACCAGUAUGCUGUGGGGGAGGAAGCUGAAAUUGCCUGCAUGACUGGUCACGUCCUCAGUGGUUAUCAGUACCUUAGGUGUCUGCCAGAUCAAACCUGGACACACAUUACAACUUGCUGUAAAUAUUCUUGCACCACGAAAACACUUUUUUUCUUAUUUAUUGCAGCUUCAGUAUGCCUAAGACCACUCGUCUCUUACAGCAUCCUGAUUUCACCAUUUAAACAACAGUACAAUAUUGGUGAAACUAUUAAGUUAAGCUGCCAAGCUGGGUAUAUAGUCACUGGUCAAACAGAGUAUACUUGUGGAGAAGAUCUGUCCUGGUCACCAUCUAUUUCAAGAUCUAUUACCUGUGAAAAAGAUGAGCAAACUAUGAUUAGAAAUGUUUGCAGACCAGGACAAAAACAGGUUGGAUCACAGUGUGUUUGUGCAUCUCCAGGAGAGGACUGUGGCCACUACUCAGAAGACCUCUGUGUGCUGCAUGCUGCUUCAGAACAGACCAUGACAAAACCCAGCUGCGAGUAUUUCGCUGAAAAUUGCCUCCAAGAGCAGUCAUUUCAUUUCUUGUACAUUGGCCCCUGCCGUAAUGAUGCCAGCCAAGACUGGGCUAUUGAAAGGGCAAAGCUCUCUACAAAUAGCCUGAAGAAAGUACCAUGUGGCUAUGACACCUGCUAUGAUUGGGAAGAGUGUGCAGGGACAGAGACCCAGUGCUCCUGCCUGCUGCCUUACCAGUGCCCCAGAGAUGACAGCCAGACUCACUGCAUUCAGAUGGUGUCGAGCGGGAGGAGGAAGGCAGUCAGCCUUUGCACGCUAGCAGCUAUGAAGUGUGCUGGAGUGAAAAUAGAGGAGCUGAACCCGGACAGCUGCCUGGGGUAA